UCUGAAGACUUACGUAGGAAAGUUUCCAAAUUUUGGAUAUACUUUUUCCAACACAAAAAGGGGGUUGUUUGUGGUGAAAUCACGGACUUCAGAUGUGUUCAAUGCCAGUCGGAAGGAACCCUCACCAGAGUAAAGAUGGACACGAGAGCACAAAAUGGCGGCAGCGGCUCCUCUGGCUUGCUGCGCGCUCUGCGUGACAGUGGCAGUGGUAGGCCACACGCCGGAGAACCGGAAACCAGGGAAGCUCACGUGCUCUCCCUGGUCGAGAUCCGGACCGUCCGGAGCAGCAAUGAGUACACGGAGGGUCCCACGGCAGUUCCCCGGACGCCUGCCCCCCAGCGCGAGACGGAAGAACUAGUGGUGGCUGGCACCGCCAACGAACAGCUGCUGAGACAUUCCCCGAGAGUACCAGCUCGGGCCGAGCAGCAACACGCCGCCCCUCAGCCGGCGCACUCGUCAAGGGAUACGGCGAACAGGUCCUUCAGCGCCACCAGCGAAGGUUCGCGGAGCAGCGGUAGGGUCAGCGUGGAAAGCAACUCGUCCGAGCAGAGGCUUCUGGGGGCGGCCGGCGGAGGUUCUGGAACCGGGGAGAGAAUAGUCAGGGUGCAGCCUAAACGCGCGGAGCUGAAGCCCGAAAAGCCCAAGCCCUUGACGGUGGCGGAAAGAGGAGACGAGGCGGGCAAGCACUCGCGCCGCUGCGAGGAAUGCGGCCGCUGCAAAUGCGAGAAGUGCACGUGCCCCAGAGCACUGCCCUCCUGCUGGGUGUGCGGACGGAGGUGCGUCUGCUCGGCGCAGACGGCCGUCGACUACGGAACGUGCGUCUGCUGCGUCAAGUGCCUGUUCUACCACUGUUCCAGCGACGACGAGGACGUGUGCGCCGACAAGCCCUUUUCCUGUAGCCAGUCCCACUGCUGCGUACGUUGGGCAACCACCAGUAUCAUUGUGUUUUUCCUCCCCUGUCUUCUGUGCUACCUCCCCGCCAAGGGCUGUGUGACUCUAUGCCAGGCGUGCUACGACCGCGCCAAGAGGCCAGGCUGCAGAUGCAAAAACACAAACGUAGUCCGCUGCAAAAACGUCGAACAACCCUUGAAAGGGGAAUGUGACAUUUAA